CCUUCCUCCGCCAGCCUCAACAGCAGCGCAUCCCCUCCAAAACCCCUAUAAACCCUAACGCCCCCAAGGUCCCCGAACCCCUCUCCACCCUCGCCGGCAAACGACUCAACCUCCACAACAAGAUCCUAAACCUAAUCCGGGUCAACGAUCUCGAUGAGGCCUCGCUUUUGGUCCAUCACUCGAAUAAUUUCUGGUAUGUCUUGAUCAGUUUAUAAAUUUUGAUUUUGAUUUUGAUUUUUGAUUUUGGAAAUUCUUAGACUAUUCCAUCGAUUUUUCUUUUUUUAAAAAUGGUGUUUGAUCUCAAUUUGUCGUCUCCAGAGGACUUGAGCAUUGUUUUUGGGACUUUAAAUUCUUCCUAUUCGUUUUCUUUCCUGGAUCUCAGCUUAAUGGGCUGUGAUUUGAGGCAGCAGCAGGCAAUGAAGAGGAGCAGGCAUGGGCCGAGAUCGAGGAGUUCGCAGUAUCGGGGAGUUACGUUCUAUCGGAGGACGGGGAGAUGGGAAUCUCACAUUUGGGACUGUGGGAAGCUUGUUUAUUUGGGCUAAAUUUUUUAGGGGGAUUUGAUACUGCUCAUGUUGCUGCCAGUGGUGAGCUGAUGGAUGAUGCAAUGAUCCUA